AUGCACGUGAACAAGAGAAUUGGUCGCUUCAAGCAAUGGGCCGGAGAGCGCAUGGGCGGCGAGGCCAAGACAUGUCAGUCGGAUGAUUUCAAGGCCAUGGAGACGGAGAUGGGGGUGCGACAUGAAGGCGUUGAUCGCAUUCACAAGUCCAUGACCGCCUAUGUCAAGACCAUCUCGAAGCGCAAUGAGGGGGACGACAAGGAGAAGACCCUCCCGAUUGCCCAUCUGGGCAGCAGCAUGGUCUCCCACGGCGAGGAUUUCGAUGUCAACUCCGAAUACGGGCAGAGCCUGAUCAUGUUUGGACGGACGGAGGAGCGCAUCGCGCGCAUCCAAGAGCAAUACAUCGCGCAGGCGACUUCGAGCUGGCUCGAGUCCUUGGAGCGUUCCCUGACUCAGAUGAAAGACUAUCAGCAAGCUCGUAAGAAGCUCGAUAGCCGACGAUUGGCAUACGAUACAUCUCUCGCCAAGAUGGAAAAGGCCAAGAAAGAGGACUUCCGCGUGGAGGAGGAGCUUCGCUCUCAGAAAGUGAAGUACGAAGAAGCCAACGAGGAUGUGUUGCGGCGCAUGCAGGACGUAAAAGAGGCCGAGGUUGAUAAUGUCAUGGAUAUGGGAACCUUCCUGGAUGCCCAACUGGAGUACCAUGAACGGUCUCGGGAGGCGCUCCUCCAACUGAAGCAGGAAUGGGUUGGAUCCAGCCAAACACAAACCCCAACUCGCCGCCCGACGCGUGCUCGCUCCAACACUGCACACUCAUAUCAGGAACGCUAUGAGCCUUUACACGAAGAAGUGAUCAAUGCUACGGAGGCCCGACCUGCCAUCAGAUCAAGCAAAACUAUUGCGACGCAAUAUGCUGACUCGCCUCCACGUGAGACCUACGCUACUUCGCGGCCUGUGCUGAGCAGGGUUUCUACCUUCGAAGGCCCGACUCAACUCCGACAAGAACCACCAGUUGCAUCUCAGUGGAUUGGGCAGCGGACUGCUAGUGAAAAUUCCGUUGCAUACGGCCGCCGAAGCAGCACUCAAGUUGGAAGUGGUCGCGUCUCUGCCGAUCCUUAUGCGGACUCAGAGGAGGUCAGCUCCUAUGGUCGGUCUAGUCCCGAACGCAUGUUCGGUGGAGGAAGAUCCAUCUCGCCUGCAACAUCUCACGGAAGCGUGGCAUCUCGGAAACCCAGCGCGACCAACAUGAGUACAUUGGGACUGUCCAAGAAGGCACCUCCUCCCCCUCCUCCUUCUCGUGCGAAGAAGCCCCCACCACCUCCCCCACCCAUGAAGCGAACACUCGUGGCAUCGACAAAUGCCUAG